AUGUCAGAAAAUGAAGACUCUCCUACGGAUGCCAAUGGCACAGAAAAAGAGACAGCCGAUCGUGGGUCAGAAGUACCUGGCAUGCCCCUGGGAAAUAAGCAAGGAUUUGGGGAGGAAAGCACUAUGUCAUCUCAUGAAAAAGAAAAUGAUGAUAUAGCAAAACUCCCAUCCUCACAUCAGGAUCUAGAAGUGAAACCACCACUAACCACCAUAAAAACGGGUGCGGGUAGACACAGAAGAAUUGGAGCGCAAACGGAAAAAAACAUCAAUCAGACAACACCAGCUGCUGCAUCCCAGACAGUCACCACUGCUGUGUCAGGGAAGCGCUCUGUGAUACUAUCUAAUGAAGCCCGAAAGGAGAAAAUAAAACAGGUCAAAGCUCUCAAAGAUGAGCGUAGAGCAGCUCUUGAUGGCCGACACAAGUACCUCAUCUCAAUCAUUGCAGAAAUGAUGAGCCUGGGAGACACGGAAGUCGAGGAGGCUAUCAUCUCAGAUGAUAAGUUCUACAUGAUUGAAGAAUUCUUCUCAGCAAAUGGUUCAAAGAGUCUUACGUUCUUCUACCAAGUCACAGAAACGUCCCAUUCUUGGAUCGAUACCACAAAUUUAGCCACUGGACAGAAGAAGCUGUUUAUCACAACAGGCACUAAUGAGGGUCUUACCGGGCAGUGUUUGUUUUUCACAAGAAUCACGGACAAGGCCAUAACAACCACAAACAUAUCCCAGGAGGUGAAUUUUGGAAUGCUUGACGGCUCAGAGACAAGUGUCCUCCACAGUUUGGAGUUUCUUUUUACUCAGGUCAUGAACCAAGCCCUCAAAUCACAAGAGGAUUGGGGAGCUAUAAAAUGUGGUCAAAUGAGUCCAGAUGUGCAAGACUUUCUAAGGUCAGUGGAUAAGUUCAACUGUACCCUAUCUUCAGUGAUGAGGAGCAUGGAUGAAAAGUUUAAGCUUCAUAACAUCCCAUCAGCCCCUGACCUGAGUCAUAUACAGAAAGCUGAAGACUACAGUAAUGCAGCUAAUAACUCAGAGCUGGUAGAAAGUCUGGAAACAGUGCUGUUACACUGGGCCAAGCAGAUAGAGCAAGUGCUGACAGAGAGUGAGCGCAUUAGGAAAGAAUCAGAUGAUAUUGGACCCUCAGCAGAGCUGGCACACUGGAAGCGCAGAAUGAUCACCUUCAGCAGCCUCUUGGAUGAAAUCAAGGACCCCUAUGUGAAGAUGAUCAUUGGUAUAUUGAAUGCGGCCAAGUCGAAGACACUGAGUAAAUGGAGAGAACUGGAUGCAAGUAUUACGGUUGUGGCCAAUGAAGCUAAAGAUAAUGUGAAAUAUCUAUCAACUCUGGACAAGUUUUUCGAACUUUUGGAAAAAAGCACUCCAACCACCAUGCUGAAUCAAAUUCCCAAACUGAUGAACAGCAUACACAUGAUUCAGCGUGUGUCUCAAUAUUACAAUACCUCUGAACACAUGACAUCGCUCUUUGUGAAGGUCACUAAUCAAAUGGUGACCACCAGCAAGGCUUAUCUCUGCCAAGGGGUGAUGAAAAUCUGGGACUUGGACAGGAAGGAACUGCUUCAGCGGAUGAAAGAAUGUAUUCAGCUGAACCAGGAGUACCAGCAAUGCUUCCACCGAAUGAAAGAGAAAUUACAGGAGAACCCUCUUGAACGGCAAUUUGAAUUGAGUGAAAAUUACAUAUUCGGAAAGUUUGAUACAUUCUGCAAACGUCUGGAGAAGAUAACAGACAUGGCCACAACUCUUGAAGAUUUUUCAAGCCUGCAGUUUAUGAAAGUUGAAGGUGUUGAUAAAAUAUACAUGCGCUACCAAACGAUUGUUUCCAGCAUCAAAUCCAAGACCUACAAUGUGCUUGACCACCGCAAAUUAGAGUUUGACAAUGACUACACUGAGUUCAGAAGACAAAUCCAGGGCUUAUAUCAGUCUCUUGAUGCACUGAUUGACACUUGGCUUCAACGUCCGCUCAUUACUCAUCAGGUCCUUGACCUGCUGUCCAAAUUUGAGAACGGUGUGGGCAGACAAAUGGACCUCACCCAGAAGUAUAUGGUAGUUCUGCAAAGGUAUGAAUGUGACCUUGAGUUUGUGCGCAAACUCUACCAAAGAGAGAAGAACAAUCCCUCUUCUGCACAAUUCAAGACUCCUUUGGCUAGUAAAAUUCAGUGGUCACAAAAUCUGUUUAAAAAAAUUCAUUUGCCAAUGCAUAUCCUAAAAGACAAAUUGGACAUUAUGCAGACGCCAGAGAGGAGGAAGAUUAUUCAGGCAUACAACAAACUUGCUGCCGUGCUGCUGGAGUAUGAAAUGAUACAUCACAAAGCUUGGGUUGAUGGUGUGGAACUGGGACUAUAUGGUCUCAAAUCUUCACUGCUGACUAGACACCCAGAAACCAAGGUGUUCUAUGUGAAUCUUGACCCUCUAGUCCUGGAAGUUUUGCAAGAGGCAAAAAACAUGUAUACAUUAGGUGCUAAUGUACCUGAUGUUAUCUACAACAUGGCUGCCAAAGAACCUCAGCUGAAGGAGUAUCGUACCAAAUUACAGGAGAUGCUAAGCAACUUUGAUGCAGUAGUCAAGAGGAUACCCAGUGUGCUACAGUCCCCAAUGAAGCCCUUCAUCAGAUAUGUGGAGACUGCCCUCUACCCUGGACUGACCAUUCUCUCAUGGACUUCCCUCAAUAUUGACCAUUUCAUAGGCUGUGUGUACAAAGCACUGCAAGAGCUGGAGCAAGUAGUGAAGGUUGUUAUGGAUAUUCUGGAAUGUCGAAUCGAGCGCACCUUAGAAUCCAUGGCUUCCACCAGUCUGCUGACACUGCCCAAAAAUCAGCCAGUUACACCUGAGAUGUUCCUCACCAAUACAGAGACCACUAUCAACACUGCAAGACAAACUAUGAAGAUUGCAAGCAAGCAGGUGGAGAGCUCAAUGAUGGAGAUGGUUGAAGAACUGAAGAGAGUGCUGAAACCUUCAGAAAGGGUCAACUUGGAGAACUACAAAUGUCUGCAUCCUGAUGCCAAGCAGAAAACACGUUGUCUAUGCUGCCUGCCAUGUGCUUUCUAUAUCAUGAUGGGACAGUUAUGUCAGAAGAACACAGAGGCCCUGGUCAGAGCUACCAAAUGCUCUCUGGAUUCUCUGUGGCGUCGGCUGCUUGUUGUGAGUGCCAAGUAUCGUUCUUCAUCUCAAAGUGAAGCUGCUGUUCAGUUUCCUCUUUUUAGGGUUUCUGUUGAGCUGGCCAUUCCCAACAUUGUCUUCAGACCAAGUUUCGAACAGAUACAGGGCAUUCUCAAUAAAGCUGUGAACAUGGUGCUUUCAAUGGCAAAGGAUGUUCCACUCUGGAAAUUUUCCCAUGUCCAACAAGAACAACUGGAGGCAGAGCAGGCAGCAGCGCGUGAGCUUGGAGAUGAGACUCUAGUCACUAAACCACUCGUGCUGAGGACUCUGGACAGACAGGUGACAGAACAUAAGGAUGUGAACAAGGCUUUGUCCCAGCUUGUCCCUGUGGUGUCCUCUCUCAAAGCAGAUGCUGGGGACAUCCUGAAAGGGUUGUCUCAAUUUUCAGCCCUGUGGAAACAGGACCCAGCAGAACAGGUGAAAGUAUUUUUGGAGACCAAACCAUUAUUGUCAGAAUUCAGCGGCCAACUAUCUCUGUAUUCUACAUUUGAGACCCGGAUUCAAGAGCUUCCUUCCACUUGCACUGUCUGCCCCAUCCUCUACGAAACUGACUCCCUCAAACUGUCCCUCGUUCAAGAGUGUCACACCUGGAAACGUGCAUUUGGUGUGGCUCUAAACCAAAAGGCCUCUGUGGGCAUGCUUGAGAUUAGCUCUUUUGUGGAUGGGGUGAGCAAGCAGCUGCAGAGGCCAAUUUCUGACCUGGAUGACGUGAGGGAAACCAUGGCCGCCCUGCAAGAGAUUCGAGAAGCGGAGAUACGGAUAGAGACCACCAGAGGACCGGUGGAGGAAUCAUUCGCUCUGUUAAAUCGCCAUGAGCUGUUCUUCAAUGAUGGAAAUGCGGAAAAGAUUGAUGGGGUUGUCUACGCUUGGAAGGAACUUAAUGUGAUGGCAAAAGAAACACAGAAUAAGCUUUUGGAAAUUCAACCUCAAAUGAAGGCUGAGCUUGUAGCUGGAGUUGAGGUCUUCCAGCAAUCUGUGCAAACUUUCUAUGCUGACUAUGACAACAGUGGUCCUGGAGUAACAGGUUUGGCCCCACGUGAAGCCAGUGACAGGUUGCAAGUUUAUCAGGCCAAGUUUGAUGAACUGUGGACGAAAUUCGUCACCUUUUCUAGUGGAGAAGAACUGUUUGGCCUCCCUGUUACAGAAUAUCCUGAUCUUCACAGAAUCAAACGAGAGCUCAACCUUUUGUCCAAGCUGUACAGCCUCUACAAUUCUGUGAUUGACAGCGUUUCUGGCUACUACGACAUACUAUGGGCUGACCUCAAUAUAGAAAAGAUAAACAGUGAACUGCUGGAUUUUCAGAAUAGGAUCCGUAAGCUGCCUGGGGCCCUGAAAGAGUGGCAAGCUUUUAAUGACCUGAAAAAGACCAUUGAUGACUUUAAUGAAACCUGUCCUCUACUCUACAUGAUGGCAAAUAAGGCAAUGAUGCCCCGACAUUGGCAGCGCUUAACUGAUCUUACCGGCCACAAGUUUGAAGUGGAAGCUGCAAAUUUUAGCCUUCGAAAUAUCAUGGAAGCACCUCUGCUACAGAACAAAGAAGAUAUUGAGGAUGUGUGUAUCAGUGCCGUUAAGGAACGAGACAUUGAUGCCAAACUCAAAGAUGUUGUGACUGAAUGGAGCAGCCAUCAGUUCACAUUCGCAUCAUUCAGGAAUCGCGGAGAGCUGCUGCUAAAGGGAUCGGACACCUCUGAGAAAGUGGCCUUAAUGGAGGACAGUCUUAUGGUGCUUGGAUCUUUAAUGAGUAACAGAUAUAAUGCUCCGUUUAAGCCCACCAUCCAGCAGUGGGUGCAGAAGUUGUCAAACAGUUCAGAGGUGAUUGAGAAGUGGCUCACAGUGCAAAAUCUGUGGCUGUACCUGGAGGCUGUGUUUGUGGGUGGAGACAUUGCCAAACAACUGCCACAGGAGGCUAAACGCUUCCAAACCAUCGACAAAUCAUGGCAGAGGAUAAUGCAGCGGGCACAUGAGAUUCCUGGUGUCAUUCAGUGCUGUGUCGGGGACGAGACACUGCAGCAGCUCCUGCCGCACCUUCUGGAACAGCUGGAAGUGUGUCAGAAAUCUCUGAGCGGAUACCUGGAAAAGAAACGCCUUGUCUUUUCACGGUUCUUUUUUGUCUCUGACCCUGUCCUGUUGGAGAUACUGGGUCAGGCAUCUGACUCACACACCAUACAGGGUCACCUGUUGAACCUUUUUGAUAAUGUGAACAGAGUUGUGUUUCAUGAGAAAAACUAUGACCAGAUACUAAGCUUUCAGUCACAAGAAGGGGAAACAGUGAAUCUGAGUGAACCAAUCAAUGCCCAGGGUAAUGUAGAAGCCUGGCUGGGUCUGGUCCUGGAUGGAGUCAGGAAGACCAUUCACAACAUUAUACGACAGGCUCAUAUGGUUAUUACUGACCAGGGCUUUAAACUGGUGGAGUUCCAGUCAGUGUUCCCUGCUCAGGUUGGGCUGCUCGGCAUACAGCUCAUCUGGACCAGAGAUGCUGAGGAGGCUCUCUGUAAUAGCAAGACUGACAAAAAGAUAAUGCAGACUACUAACCAGAACUUCCUGGAUCUUUUGAAUGAACUGAUUGAUAUGACUACUCACGAUCUGACCAAGAUGGAGAGAACCAAAUAUGAGACGCUCAUCACAAUACAUGUUCACCAGAAGGACAUUUUUGAUGAUCUGGUACGAAUGAACAUCCGGUCACCUUUAGACUUUGAAUGGCAGAAACAGUCACGCUUCUACUUCAAAGAGGAUACAGAUAGAUGCAUAAUCCAAAUCACUGAUGUGGAAUUUGAUUACUGUAAUGAGUAUCUGGGCUGCACUGAUCGUCUGGUGAUCACACCUCUCACUGACAGAUGUUAUAUCACGUUGGCCCAGGCUUUAGGGAUGAGUAUGGGAGGGGCCCCGGCUGGCCCUGCUGGGACAGGAAAAACUGAAACCACCAAAGACAUGGGCCGUUGCCUGGGAAAAUACGUGGUUGUCUUCAAUUGCUCCGACCAGAUGGACUUCCGUGGACUGGGCCGCAUCUAUAAAGGAUUAGCUCAGUCUGGCGCAUGGGGCUGUUUUGAUGAGUUCAACCGCAUCGAGCUGCCUGUGCUCUCAGUAGCUGCUCAACAAAUCUACAUCGUCCUGCAGUGCAAGAAGAACAAAAAAACUCAAUUCAUAUUCACAGAUGGAGAUGUGGUGGAUAUGGAUAGAGAGUUUGGGAUCUUCCUUACUAUGAACCCAGGUUAUGCUGGUCGACAGGAGCUUCCUGAGAACUUGAAAAUUCAGUUCCGCACAGUGUCCAUGAUGGUGCCUGAUCGAGCCAUCAUCAUGAGAGUGAAACUUGCCAGCGCAGGUUUUCGUGAAAAUCAAGUCCUCAGCCGCAAGUUUUACACGCUGUACAAACUGUGUGAGGAACAGCUUUCUAAACAGGUCCAUUAUGACUUUGGCUUGAGAAACAUCUUGUCUGUUUUGAGAACUCUGGGUGCUGUGAAGAGAUCCAACCCAACUGAGCCAGAAAAGACUGUGGUCAUGAGAGUUCUGCGGGACAUGAACCUCUCCAAACUGGUAGAUGAAGAUGAGCCCCUGUUCAUGAGUCUGAUAAACGACUUGUUUCCGGGCAUUCAGCUGGAUAAAGCCGGUUAUCCUGAUCUGGAAGCUUCUAUCACCAAACAAGCUGAAGAAGCCGGGUUGAUUGCGCACCCACCCUGGAUUCUCAAACUUGUGCAACUAUAUGAGACACAGAGAGUGAGACAUGGUAUGAUGACUCUUGGUCCCAGUGGAACAGGAAAGACCACAUGUAUCCACACUCUAAUGAAAGCAAUGACAGAAUGUGGAAAUCCACACAAAGAAAUGAGGAUGAAUCCCAAGGCUAUUACUGCCUCCCAGAUGUUUGGCACAUUGGAUGUGGCCACAAAUGACUGGACAGAUGGUGUCUUCUCUACACUGUGGAGGAAAACUUUAAAGUCCAAAAAGGGAGAACACAUAUGGAUUGUUCUUGAUGGUCCAGUUGAUGCUAUCUGGAUUGAAAAUCUCAACUCCGUCUUGGACGACAACAAAACCCUCACCCUGGCAAAUGGAGACCGAAUACCAAUGGCCCCCAACUGCAAGGUGGUAUUUGAGCCACACAACAUCGACAAUGCAUCUCCUGCCACUGUGUCCCGCAAUGGAAUGGUCUUCAUGAGCUCCUCUGUUCUGGAAUGGCAACCCAUACUGCAGGCCUGGCUGCAAAAGAUCCCAGCAACACAGGCUGAAGUGCUACUGGCCUCCUUCAACUCAAUCUAUCAGGAUUUGAUGACUUUUGUCUGCACUGCCGUUUCCCCCAAAAUGCAGCUGCUUGAGUGCAUGUACAUCAAGCAAACAAUUGAUUUAUUACAGGGCCUGUUGCCAGCCGUUGAAGAGAAACACCUAACAGCAGCUCACAUCAAACGUCUCUUCAUAUUUGCUGUGAUGUGGUCUGUUGGUGCUUUGCUGGAAUUGGAUGAUCGAGCCAAGAUGGAGGUAUUCCUAAAACAGCACAAUGCCAAGUUGGACUUGCCCACCACACAGGGGGACCAGACAAUCUUUGAGUUUGUAGUCAGUGCAACUGGAGAGUGGGAUCUCUGGUCUACAAGGGUGCCAGAGUAUCACUAUCCCAAAGACUCAGUUCCAGACUAUGCCUCCAUUCUCGUACCCAAUGUUGACAAUAUACGGACAGACUUCCUGAUGCAAACCAUUAUGAAGCAAGGCAAAGCUGUCCUGCUCAUUGGAGAACAGGGAACAGCCAAGACAGUCAUGAUCAAGGGCUACAUGAGCAAGUAUGACCCAGAAACGCAUUUGAGCAAAAGCCUAAACUUCUCCUCGGCCACUCUGCCUGGCAUGUUCCAGCAGACUAUUGAGAGUUACAUAGACAAACGCAUGGGCACCACCUAUGGACCUCCAGGCGGGAGGAAGAUGACUGUCUUUAUUGACGACAUCAACAUGCCAGUUAUCAAUGAGUGGGGUGAUCAGAUCACUAACGAAAUUGUUCGCCAGCUGAUGGUGCAGGGAGGUUUCUACAGCCUGGAACGAUCUGGGGAAUUCACCAGUGUAGUCGACUUGUAUGUGGUGGCUGCUAUGAUCCACCCUGGUGGUGGCCGCAAUGAUAUCCCCCAACGACUCAAACGCCAGUUCUGUGUGUUUAACUGCACUCUACCAUCCAACUCCUCCAUAGAUAAGAUAUUCCAAACGCUGGCCAGUGGUUAUUUUUGCUCAGAAAGAGGCUUCACGGAAGAGGUGUGCUCUCUAGCUGCCGCCCAGGUCCCCACCACCAGGAGAGUGUGGCAAGCGGUCAAAGCUAAGAUGCUGCCUUCUCCUGCAAAGUUCCACUACAUUUUUAACCUGCGUGAUCUGAGCAGGAUAUGGCAGGGGAUUCUCACCGUGGGAUCAGAAGUAUGUAAGACGCCUCAACUGCUGGCAUCUCUUUUCCGCCACGAGUGCACACGGGUCAUCGCCGACCGUUUCAUUGAUCAGAAGGACAGAGAGACCUUCGAUGGCAUUUUAGAAAGGAUCACAGUACAGGAUCAUGGUCCUAGCCUUGUGGAGCAGGGGCCAACGGAAGCUUAUUUUGUGGACUUCCUGCGGGAUGCUCCAGAAAUGACGGGAGAUGAACCUGAAGAUGCUGAGGCAGAGACACCAAAGAUCUAUGAGCCCAUUCCUUCCUUCAAGGCCCUAUCAGAGCGCCUGUCUCUGUUUCAGCAACAGUAUAAUGAAACUGUUAGAGGAGCAGCCAUGGAUCUGGUCUUCUUUGAGGAUGCCAUGACCCAUUUGAUGAAAAUUUCUCGGAUAAUCCGGACGGCUCGUGGUAAUGCACUACUGGUUGGAGUCGGGGGUUCUGGGAAACAGAGCCUCACCCGACUUUCAUCCUUCAUUGCUGGAUACCAGAGCUUUCAGAUUACACUGACACGAACAUACAAUGUGAGUAAUCUAAUUGAGGACCUGAAAACCCUGUACAGAAUCGCAGGUUUGGAAGGGAAGGGCGUGACCUUCAUCUUCACGGACAAUGACAUCAAGGAUGAAGCUUUUUUGGAGUACAUGAACAACGUUCUGGCAUCGGGAGAAGUCUCAAACCUGUUUGCUCGAGACGAGGUGGAUGAGAUCACCCAAAGUCUUAUUCCCACCAUGAAGAAGGAUCUCCCACGCUGCCCACCCACCAUCGACAACCUCUACAACUACUUCCUGUCCAGGGUGCGCAGUAACCUUCAUGUUGCUCUUUGCUUCUCUCCGGUGGGUGAGAAACUGCGUUCCCGUGCCCUGAAGUUCCCCGGCCUCAUCUCGGGUUGCACUGUGGACUGGUUCCAGCGGUGGCCACGGGAUGCUUUAGUAGCUGUGGCUCACCAUUUCCUCUCCAACUAUUCACUGCGUUGUUCAGAUGAGGUGAAGAAGAGUGUGGUAGAAACUAUGGGAACAUUCCAAGACAUGGUGGCAGAGAUCUGCACCGAGUAUUUCCAGCGCUUCAGGCGUCAGACCUAUGUGACACCCAAAUCCUACUUGAUGUUUAUUAAAGGAUACCAGAUGAUUUACUCAGAAAAAGUUGAUCAUGUGGGGAUGCUUGCAGAGCGAAUGAACACAGGUCUUGAGCGUCUCAUGGAGGCCGAACAGUCUGUUAAUGAGCUUCGUGUGGAGCUGAGAGACAAGGAGAAGGUGCUGGAGGUGGCUAACCAGAAAGCAGAAGUAGUUUUGCAGGAGGUCACGGCCAAGGCACAAGCUGCGGAAAAGGUGAAGGUUCAGGUCCAGAAGGUGAAAGAUAAGGCCCAGGCGAUUGUGGAUGAGAUAGAGGGGGACAAGAAGGUGGCCGAGUCCAAACUUGAGGCGGCCAAACCAGCAUUAGAGGCAGCUGAGGGUGCGCUAAAGACCUUAAAGCCUGCUGACAUCGCAACAGUGCGUAAACUGGGAAAGCCUCCACAUCUGAUCAUGCGGAUCAUGGACUGCGUGCUGCUGCUGUUCCAGCGACGGGUGGAUGUGGUCACCAUGGACCCCGAGAGACCCUGUGUGAAACCUUCAUGGAGUGAAGCUCUUAAAUUGAUGAACAACUCUGCAUUCCUCGGCAAUCUGCUGAACUUCAACAAGGACACUAUUACAGAGGAGAUGGUUGAACUGCUCACUCCAUAUCUGUCGAUGGAAGACUAUAACCUAGAAACAGCUAAGAGGACCUGUGGUAAUGUAGCAGGCCUCUGUUCCUGGACUGAAGCAAUGGUGGAAUUCUUCGGCAUCAAUAAGGAAGUGCUGCCCCUAAAGGCUAACUUAAAGCUUCAAGAAGCUCGUUUGACUGUAGCACAGGACGAACUAUCAAGCGCUCAGGAACAACUGGACUCGAAGCAGAGAGAGCUGGAUGAGGCUCAGGCAAUGUAUGAUGCGGCCAUGAAGGAGAAGCAAGACCUGCUGGAUGAUGCUGAGGCAUGCAAGAAGAAAAUGUCCAAUGCUGUGGCACUUAUAGAUGGACUUGGUGGAGAAAAGAUUCGCUGGACAGAGAGCAGUGCUCAGUUCGCGAGACAAAUCAAAGAUUUGGUGGGGGAUGUUUUGCUGGCCACUGGAUUUCUAUCCUAUGCUGGGCCUUUCAACCAGGAGUAUCGCAGCCUUCUUAUGCAGCAAUGGAAGAAGGAGAUGAAUAUCUGCCGCAUCCCUUACAGCGAGAACCUGAAUUUGAUCAGUAUGCUGGUGGACAAUGCAACUAUAGGAGAAUGGAACUUGCAGGGUCUCCCCAACGAUGACCUGUCCAUUCAGAAUGGCAUCAUCGUAACAAAAGCUUCUCGUUAUCCUCUGCUCAUUGAUCCUCAGGGCCAGGGCAAGAUCUGGAUCAAGAACCGUGAAAAUAAUAAUGAGCUACAGGUGACAUCUCUAAACAACAAAUAUUUCCGAACUCACCUGGAAGACUGCCUGUCCCUGGGCAAACCUUUGCUCUUAGAGGAUGUUGGGGAAGAGCUUGAUCCAGUGCUAGAUAACAUACUGGAGAAGAACUUCAUAAAGUCUGGAAAAACUUCUAAAGUAAAAGUCGGGGACAAAGAAGUGGAUGUAAUGGAUACAUUUACUUUGUACAUCACAACUAAACUAGCCAACCCUGCAUACAGCCCAGAAAUCAAUGCUAAGACAGCAGUGGUGGAUUUUACAGUUACCUUGAAGGGUUUGGAGGACCAGUUACUUGGCAGAGUCAUUCUCAUAGAGAAAAAGGAAAUGGAGGCUGAACGUGUGAAGCUCUUGGAGGAAGUGACAUCGAACAAGAGGAAGAUGCAGGAUUUGGAGAGCAAUCUUCUGUACAAGUUAACCAGCAUUCAGGGCUCUCUAGUGGAGGAUGAGUCUCUUAUCGAGGUGCUCGGAGUCACCAAGACUAUAGCACAGGAGGUAAGUCAAAAGCUAGCAGUUGCUGCAGAGACUGAAAUUAACAUCAACCACACUCGAGAAGAGUACCGUCCAGUGGCCACCAGGGGGAGCAUCCUCUACUUCCUGAUUGUGGAGAUGAGCCUGGUCAAUGUGAUGUACCAAACUUCACUACGCCAGUUUUUGGGCAUCUUUGACAUGUCGAUGGAGAAGUCGCCAAAGUCCCCCGUUACAGCUAAAAGACUAGACAACAUCAUGGAGUACCUCACAUUUGAAGUCUUCCGCUAUACUGCUCGGGGACUUUAUGAAGAUCACAAGUUCCUCUUUACACUGCUUCUAACGUUGAAAAUAGACUUACUGGCCAAAAACGUUUCCCAUAGCGAGUUUCAGACCUUCAUCAAAGGCGGAGCAUCUCUAGACCUAAACUCUGUCGAGCCCAAGCCAAGGCGCUGGAUACUGGACACAACGUGGCUAAACUUAGUGCAGUUGUCCAGCCUGCCUCCCUUCACUGCUCUCCUAACCCAGGUGGCCCGCAAUGACCGUGCCUGGAAGAGCUGGUUUGAUGAAGGCACUCCAGAGGAGACUCCUCUUCCUGAUGGUUAUGAGAGCCAACUGGAUGCAUUCCGCAAACUGCUGCUGAUACGAAGCUGGUGUCCUGACCGCACCAUUGCACAGGCACGUAAAUACAUUGCCGAAUCAAUGGGGUUGAAGUAUGCAGAGGGAGUGAUUCUGGAUAUGGAUGCCAUGUGUUCAGAAAGUGAUAAGAGGAUACCUCUAGUCUGCUUCCUGUCUAUGGGUUCUGAUCCCACAGAGAGCAUAGAGAGACUCGCCAGGUCGAAGGGUGUUCCUUGCAGGCCAAUCUCCAUGGGACAGGGACAGGAAGUACAUUCAAGAAGGCUUCUGGCCCAGAGCAUGUCUGAUGGAGGCUGGUUACUUCUGCAGAACUGCCAUCUGGGAUUAGAGUUCCUGGAUGAAGGUUUAGACACAGUUACCACAACAGAGAGCAUCCAUGACAAUUUCAGGUUAUGGGUGACCACAGAGGUGCACCCUAAAUUCCCCAUUAACUUCCUGCAGUCUUCAAUUAAAUUCACCAAUGAGCCUCCGCAAGGGGUGAAGGCUGGACUCAAGCGGACAUACAAUAGUGUGACCCAGGAACAGCUGGAGAUCUCCAACAUGCCUCAGUGGAGGCCUAUUUUCUAUGCUGUGGCCUUCCUCCAUACCACAGUCCAGGAGAGACGCAAAUUUGGUCCACUUGGCUGGAACAUUCCCUAUGAGUUCAACCAGGCUGAUUUCACCUCCAGUGUCCAGUUUGUGCAGAACCACUUGGAUGAUAUUGACAUCAAGAGAGGAGUGAACUGGAUUUGCCUGCGAUACAUGCUAGGAGAGGUGCAGUAUGGUGGACGUGUCACGGAUGAUAUGGACAAACGCCUGCUCAAUACUUUCGCCUGUAUCUGGUUUAGUGAAAACAUGUUUGGUGACAAGUUCUGUUUCUAUAAAGGAUAUACUAUACCAAAGGCCAAGAUGCUGCAGGAUUACCAUGUGCAUAUUGAUACUCUGCCAUUGGUUGAUACACCUGAGGUAUUUGGCCUCCAUUCCAAUGCUGACAUUACUUACCAGACCAACAUGGCUAAUGAAACCCUGAACACCAUCCUCAACAUCCAACCCAAAGACAGCAGCAGUGGGGAGGGCGAGACCAGGGAGUCAUCUGUCCAGAAGAUGGCCAAUGAGAUGCUAGAAAAACUUCCUGCUGACUAUGUGCCACACGAGGUAAGGAGUAACCUACAAAAAAUGGGUGCAUUCCAGCCCAUGACUAUAUUCCUUCGUCAGGAGCUUGACAGAAUGCAGCGUGUCAUUGGUCGUGUGCGCGUUACCCUCACCGACCUUAAACUUGCCAUUGAUGGGACUAUAAUAAUGUCAGAGGAUCUCCGCGACGCUCUGGACAGCAUGUAUGAUGCUCGUGUUCCAAAGUCCUGGCAAAAGAUCUCUUGGGAAGCUGCUUCUCUGGGUUUCUGGUUCACCGAACUCCUUGAGAGGAACCAGCAAUUCCACAACUGGACUUUCAGUGGUCGACCUCAUCAGUUUUGGCUCACAGGGUUUUUCAAUCCACAGGGGUUCUUAACUGCGAUGCGUCAAGAGACCACUCGAAUGAAUCUGUCUAAAGGCUGGGCCCUAGACACCGUCGUCCUACUUAACGACGUCACUCGCAUGAUGAAGGAAGAUGUCACAGCCCCCCCGCCAGGAGAUGUGGGCGGCGUCUAUAUCUAUGGCCUCUAUCUGGAUGGUGCUGGAUGGGACAAGAAAAAUGCAAAACUGACAGAAUCAUCUCCAAAGGUUCUCUUCACACCAUUGCCGGUUGUGCAUGUGUUUGCGGUGAGCAGCACCACAGAAACCAAGAAGCCUCCCAUUAAUCUCUACUCUUGCCCAGUGUACAAGAAACCAAGAAGAACUGACCUGACAUACAUCUUUUCACUGUUGCUCCGGAGCAGCCAGAACCCAGACCACUGGACGCUGAGGGGAGUCGCUUUGCUCUGUGACUGUAAAUAAACUCAUAAUGUAGUCCAGAGCUAUUUUCACUCAAGAAGCUUGAUUUAAAAAAAAAUAAAAAUAAAAUAUAUAUAUAUAUAUAUAU